AUGGCCACAUUCCCUCCAGGCCGCCGUUCGCACCGGAAAUCGCGAUCUGGAUGCUUACAAUGCAAAAAGCGCAAAGUCAAGUGUGAUGAAAGCCAGCCACAUUGCCGGAAUUGUGAGAAGCAUGGGGUGGUUUGUUCCUUUGCCAGUCCCUCAAACGUGCUCCCCACACCACAGACGGAUUUAGCAGAGUCACCUGUGUCAUUAUCAGGCCCCGAAAGCACUGGAUCUGGAACAUUUCGUGCCCCGGCACAAAUUCCACAAGCCUUGCCAAGUCUGUCCUCAUUAGGACCAUUUCCUUCCACGUUGGCUGUCUUUGACCUGGAAUUGUUGCACCACUGGACAACGUCAACCUGCUACACUAUAUCGCGAAGCCCCGCUGUGCAGACCAUCUGGUGCCAGGAAGCACCCCGCAUUGGCUUUUCCACACCGCCAGUCUUACACACCUUGCUAGCAUUUUCUGCGCUACAUCUAGCUCGGUCCGAUGAAUCUCGACGAGCAAGCUGCCUUGCUUACGCACAGAUGCACCAUAACACCGCCGUGAGAGAGAUGGUCCCGCUCGUCUCAACUAUCGCGCAAGAAAAUGGCGCAGCACUUUUCAUUUUCUCCUCUUUAACGUGCAUGUUCUCCUGCGCCAAGCCCUCAGGAGAAGGUGAUUUCCUGGUCCUCUUUGAACGAGGCAACUUAUCAGAGUGGGCCCGUCUUUUCCGUGGGACAAAAACUAUUAUCAGUACCGGAGGUGAGGAUCUUCGUACCGGGAAACUGGCACCGAUCUUCACGAAUGGAACUUAUCUAGCUGCUGCCCAUCGCGCGCCAGAGGCCCUUGAGCAAGGCAAGCCGUAUGUUUGGGAGUUGCAGCAAAUGAUAUGGAAGGAGUGCGCAGCUGAUUCGUCACUUCGGGCCAUCUACCAAGAGGCUCUAGAUGAACUAGCCCGAACAUUGGGUCUAGCUAUAAGGCCUGGCAUCAUGCGGAGACUCGCGACCGCAGAUGUCUUCCGGUGGCUGCUUGAUAUCUCAGAUGAAUAUUUAAACCUUUUGUGCCAGGAAGCACCGAUUGCACUCAUUAUCUUUGCUCAUUGGUGCACAUCUAUUCGUCAGAUCGAGUGGAUGUGGUGGAUGGAAGGUCUAAGCUCGCGUCUUAUGACACAACUAUACUCUGUGUUAGAUCCGAAAUAUCAAGAUUGGCUUCUGUGGCCACAGGAGAUUAUGAAUGGGAGCCGUGAAUAG